AUGCACGACCUCGUCUCCUAACACCGCGGUCCGCAUAGAGUAAAAUUUCAGUGUUAAUUAGCUUUCCAACAGAGAGCAUCAGACUAACACUUUCAAAGUACCACUCCGCGGAAAGAGCCUUUGUGAAUGAGGCAGGUGCGGGAAGGGGGCUCACAGGUGAUCUUAGGCGGGGGAUGAAAAUUCCCUAAGAGGGGCCACCAGGCCAGGAGAAAACAACUGGAGACCAAACGGGUGCGGAGAAAAAAGGUGAAAACGAGAAAGACAAGCAAAAAGAAACAAAGCCAGCGACCGAACGAACUAAACAAAAACCAAAGAAAAAGUCAAGCUCCAGGGACGGCGCAGACCUUAAGCGAGGACGCGCGGAGGAGCGGAGAUAACAGCCCAGAAUCCCUUGCGGCUCCUCCUCCCCUGGCGGCAGUCUCCUAGGCAACCCGGUAAACAAGAUGGCGACCGCCGGGAGCGAUCCCCAGUGGCCGAUGCCUUCCUCUCUCCAGGGUAGUUCACGACGUGAAGCCCAGUCGAUACUGUCGCGCUCAGAAAAAGAGCGUCAGUCUUGCUGGUCUUCUUACCCCAUGGGGCAGAGACGGAAAGGUACUUUCCACAGAGCCUCGUCCUACCUGCUCCCGCAGCUCGUUCACCGCUUUGUGGAGUCGGACGCGGACGGACAGGACUGCGGGGACGUGGGCGAGGGCGAAGUGGAAUCCGAGGAGUCCUCAGAGUCCGAGAUGCUGAAUUUGGAGGAGGAAUUUGAUGGGGUCCUGAGAGAGGAGGUCGUGGCCAACGCCCUUCACCAGUUGGGGCGCUCAGGUUCUGGCACUGAGCAGGUCUACCUCAAUCUAACUUUAUCAGGUUGUGGUUUAAUUGACAUUAGCAUUCUCUGUGAAUACGUUCACCUACAAAAGUUGGAUCUUUCGCUAAAUAAAAUUGAAGAUUUGUCCUGUGUGAGUUGUAUGCCUUACCUUCUAGAACUUAAUGCUUCUCACAACAAACUGACUACGUUCUUCAAUUUCAAGCCGCCCAAAAAUCUCAAGAAGGUGGAUUUUUCCUGCAACCAAAUUUCUGAAAUGUGUGAUUUGUCGGCUUACCAGGCUCUCACUAAACUCAUUUUGGACAGCAACGAGAUAGAGGAAAUCAGCGGGCUGGAGAUGUGCAGUGGCCUGAUGCACCUGAGUCUGGCCAAGAACAAGAUCACGUCAAUUAAUGGCUUAGGCAUGUUGCCCAUCAAAAUUCUUUGUCUGAGCAAUAACCAGAUUGAGAAGAUGACCGGUUUGGAGGAACUAAAAGCCUUGCAGGUCGUGGAUCUGUCCCACAAUCAGAUCAGUAGCCUCCAGGGCUUAGAAAACCAUGACUUCCUGGAAGUGAUCAACCUCGAGGAUAAUAAGAUUGCUGAGCUGGGUGAGAUAGAUUACAUUGAAAAUCUACCUCUCCUACGAGUUGUCAACUUUCUAAGAAAUCCAGUUCAGGAAAAGUCUGAAUAUUGGUUGUUCGUGAUUUUUAUGCUCCUACAAUUAACAGAAUUAGAUCAGAAGAAAAUUAAAGUGGAAGAAAAGGUUGCGGCAGUGAAUAGGUACAACCCUCCCCCAGAAGUGGUCGCAGCCCAGGAUCACCUGACCCAUGUCCUCAACAGUGUGAUGCAGCCACAGAGGAUCUUUGACAGCACUCUUCCUCGCCUGGACGCCCCUUAUCCCAUGCUGGUGCUGGCCGGUCCUGAAGCCUGUGGCAAACGAGAGCUCGCUCACCGCCUCUGCAGACAGCUCAGCGCUUACUUCAGAUACGGGGCCUGUCACACCACAAGACCACCUUACUUUGGAGAGGGGGAUCGAGUCGAUUAUCAUUUUAUCUCUCAAGAAGUUUUUGAUGAAAUGGUAAACAUGGGGAAGUUCAUUCUCACAUUUAAUUAUGGGAAUCACAACUAUGGAUUAAGUAGGGACACCAUAGAAGCCAUUGCAAGAGACGGUUUAGCAAGCUGUGUUCACAUGGAAAUAGAAGGUGUCAGAAGUUUGAAAUAUUCCUAUUUUGAGCCUCGAUAUAUCCUGGUGGUGCCCAUGAACAAGGAAAAAUAUGAAGGAUACUUGCGAAGAAAAGGAUUAUUCAGUCGUUUAGAGAUUGAAUUUGCUGUCUCCAGAGUGGACCUUUAUGUUAAAAUCAAUCAGCAGUUUCCAGGAUAUUUCGACGCAGUGAUCAAUGCAGAUGAUCUGGAUGCUGCCUACCAAAAGCUGAGUCGUCUCAUCAGAGAGUACCUUGGGUUGUCCGAGGAAACGUCCAAGGAUUUGGCUCCAACCACAGCAGGAGCUGCCUCUAGCAAGAAGACCCCCUCUGGGGUGCCCGCCCACCUGGUCCCAUCCCCAAGGCGCUUGGCAAAGCUGCAGGCGGAUGGCCAGUUAACCGAGCAUCACCCUGGAAUGCAGAUUCGUGCACAGGCCCCCGAAAAUCAGAGCGCAGCUCCCUCCCAGGACCAAGGGCCGACUCAGGAGGGAGCCGCCCACCAAGUGCUCUCUCCCAGCAGCCGUGUCAGUGCCGAGCCUGCCCCGCAGGCCCGAGACUUAUCCCCCGACCAGAGGGGAGGGGGUGUUCAACAAUCGGAUCCUUCUUCACAAAUCGUAACUACGAAUCUCCCUGAAAACGAGUCUCGGACAUCUGAGGUGAAAGCAGGUAACAUAGGGCAGGCUUCCAUCACUCCUUCCCAAGGGCGCCCUGACCAGGGUCGGCACCCUGAGCCGUCUGCAGUGCACAGAGCUCCGCCAGACCAGGAUGAGGAGUCAGGGGAGGCCGAGGGCACCCUCGCUCUCCCUCCGCCAUCUGAGGCUCUACGGGAGUCCGACCCAACAUCCCUCAGCCCCCAGAGAACCCAGGGUGAGGAAACUGAGUCAGCCAAUCUGCCACCCGACGGUGCCCAUCAUGAGCCUCCAAGAGACCCUUCCCGCCCUAACGGGGCCAAAAUACCGGGACCACCUCUGGAAGAUUCUCAGCAACCUCCAGUGGAGGGAUCCCCAAAGGCAGAAUUUGUUCGGGUCAGCACUCCUUACCCAGAAGUGCCACAUCCUCAGGACUCAACAGAUAUCGAACAGACCCAGGGCAGGGACAACCCAAUGACUUUGCUCCCCAGAAGCCGGCUGGCUCCUACUAGGCUGCCCCAGCCUCAGGUCCUCGCCCCGCUCCAGAGUCGGAGGCCCACACCCAGACUGCUCUCACCCAGCAGGGAGGAAGCUUUCGGAACAGCCUCAGACCAAACCGUGACUCCCUCGUCGAGGCCUCCACUAGCUCAGGAAGGAGACCCCAGUAAACUUCCUCCCAUCAGCCCUCCUCAUUCCAAACCACCACAAAGUCUGAGUCCCCAUCAGGACCACAGUCCUCAGCAAGUCCAGGAAGAAAAGGUCAGGGAGGUGAAACUCCCUCUUAUCAGUCCCCCCGUCCAGGAGCAUGCACCGCAGCCCGCCCCCGAUCCCCCCGAGCAAGAGGGGACUCGGGUGGUUAGGCUCCCGCACAUUCCCACCCCCUUCUCCGAACAGCAGCUGCCGCACAACACGGGGGCUCACCGUGAUUUGAGGCCUGCAAAGGAAAGGCAGGCCCCCAAAGCAGGCCGCUCCUCCAGCAAGAAGAUUUCAGAUGUGCAGGCCUUACCCCCAAACCAAGAGCCGGUGCAGCGGACAGGAGCUAGGGAAAAAAAGCUCCCUAUCCAAAGAGAGACAAUUAAAGGACCAGGGCAUCCGAAAAAGGUACCACCUAGAAGCCAUCAGACAGCCUUGCAGCCAGAAUCCCAGAGUAAGCCGACUCCCCCAAAGGUACCCCAUCACCCUAACCCUAGCCCUCCUCAGAGUCCUCAGGGGACCCAGAGAAGAAAAGUCAACGUGCCAGAAAUUCCUGAGCCACCCCACACUGAACCAUUGCCUACGGAUCCCCAGUUCCAAGAAGAGAAACAAGGAAAGGUGCAUUAUUCCAGGGAAAAGGCCCGUGCCAGCCUCCCCCCAGAUGACCUGGUUCAAAAGGUAGCUGGGUCCAAAAAAGGGCCAUCCUUGAAAAAGCAUUCUGAAGGAUCAUCUCAAAGAAAUAAAGCCACCCUCAGGGGCAGGCAACUGCACAGGGGUCCUCUCCGGAGUGCAAUGUCCUCUGUAGAGUCAAGACCAGAUGAUCCUGCUCCUAGGGAGCAUCCAGGGAGAAGAGAAGAGGUUCAUACGAGGGGAAGAUUUCAGAAGAGAGAAUUGUCUUUGGACUCCCCAGAGCAGGCCCCCACCCAACAGCCUGUCAGAGAGACCCAAGCCCAUCGAAGGCCCAGUCAGACCAGAGAGAGUUCUGUCCAAAGGGAUGGUGCCUCCAGGCGGCAAGCCAAGGAGAAACACACCGAGAAACACGGGGGAGCACCCAAGGACAGAAGCUCUGCCGCAGCCCAGAAUCAGGUGUCUGCCGAGGAGCCGGGCAGCCGGAAGGGGAGGCUGCGAGCUCGGGGCAGCCAGAGCAGCAAGGUUUAAGCCAUCCCCGGAGCCGCUCAGUAAGCGUGGGGGUGGGCUCCAGCACCGUCCCAGCCACUGGGUUCUUAGUCUGUGCGUUUCUGUGCCUUUCCUGUGGCUUGCCGUUGUAGUCCGGAAGGGCAGCCCCUAGAGUGGGAACCACCGGCCAGUCGUGUCCCUGUGCCAGCUGGAGAGCUGGUCCUGAAGGUUAGGGUCAGCGGGGAGCCCUUGUGUCUACACUCCUAUGAACUCCAGUAUGCGUGCCGACUCUGGCUGAAGCAAUGUCGUGUGGCCAUUACGUUUUGUGUUACUCAUUAGGAAACUUCACUUCUAGAUGAGAACAUUCUCACAUGCCGCUUGCAUAUUCGAGGGGUCCGGGAGGAGAGCUCCGAGAAAGGGAGCCUUCGCAGUUUCUGGGUCUUUGUCACUUCCGCAAAGAUUCCAAACCCACAGUUAAUUUGUGAGCGUCUUUGAAAGGGCAGAGGGGCAAGUUCUUUACGCACAUGACACCGUGAUUGAUGAGAGCUUCAGAUUUGCGUUGUCUUGGGUUACCUGAAACUUACUUUUGCUUGAAAUGUAUUUCAAAAUGAAUACCUUCCUUCUCUCCCCGAACAGGAACCUCAUGUAAAUUAGCCCCUGCCUUCAUUAUGCCAAACCACCCGGUUGAAUCAGUUAAAAGGGUUCCUGGGGAGAAGAUUCAGGGGAAUCACUUUUUCUUUAACGACUCAUACCAUCAGCAAGGGACAGGAAUCCAGCCUGAGCCAGCUUACGGGAAUCUACUGGAAGGGAGUGGAAAAUCUCGUACCAGCAGACCGUGGGGAGAACGGAGGUGCACCAGAGCCUCCGAGUGGGGACAAGUUAUCGAACAACCCGGACUCCUGUCAUCUCCAGUAUUUUCUGUCACCGACUGGACUCUCGUCAUUUCUCAUUUCUGUUUCAUGGCUGGGAACAUAGCUGCCAAUACCUCUCAAAUUUUACAUCUGGUUUUACAUCUGGCAGCUCCCACUACUAGAAAAGGAUUAAUUUACAUGUUCCUUAAUCCUGAAAUUUAAAAAAAAUUCAGCGAAAGACAGAUGGGCCUGGCUUGAAUUAAAUUAAAUAUUCUUAAAUUAAUCUACUCUGGCCAGAGACAGGGUCACAUACAUGUAACCGUCAGGCACUCCCGCCCCCUGUCAGGUAUACGGAGGCUACGUUCCCAGAAGACGGUAAUUGCGACCAAAGCAGCCAACCCAAGGUUUAGCUCCUAAAAAGUUGCAAAGAUAUUUAAUGAGCGCUUACUAUGUGUGUAGCAGCAUCCUAAACUGUGUUUGGCAUCCUGUAUUUAGAAAAUACAAAAAUUUGAGGACUAAAUGCCUGUAGAAAUGGUUCUUAUCAUAUACACGAGGUACGUGUCCACACUGUCGUAUGCACGCCAAAUAUUAUUUCAAGUUCAGGAGAGGACAUUGAUAUUUUUAAAAUCCAGGAUGCAGAAAUCCUCUUGGAAAAGCCUCUGUUAUACCAAUGAUUACCAUUUGAUUUAUCUGGUUUGUCAAAGAUGACAGUAAUAAGGAAUUUUUUUAAUACGUCAUAACUUUUAUUUAGUUCAGUUAUCCAAAAUGUUGAUUGAGCAUCUACUAUGUGCCAGACACGAUGAUAGUUGCUAGACAUAGUGGGAUGAUAAGGACACUUCAAGGAGCUCUUUUGUCAAGGGAGACCUAAGAGGGUCAAUUACAACACCAUGUGAUCAGGACACUAGGAGGCCUCGCAGCCUGCUGGGCUAGGUUUAGGGUCCAAUAGACAGGCAAACCCAUUUAUUAACUUUUCCAGAAUGGCAUAAGGAUAUCAAGAAAGGACACUGGAUUCAGCCUGGGACGUGAGAAUUGGAUCAGAAAACACUUCCAAGAGGAGGUCCUCUUUCAGCUAAGUCAUCAAGGUUGCAAAAUUAGACUGAUGGGACAGAGUGGUGGUUUCUUAGAAGAGGGAACAGCGUGUGCUUAAGCAUGGUGGUAAGAGCAGGCACAGCGUUUCUUGUAAGGACCUGGAUGUCAGGAGAGCGGCAGAUAUUGGUAGAUCCAAAGGGCAUUUUGCGCCAUGCUAACGAGCUUGGAAACUUGAUCUUCUAACAAGGGGGAGCCAUUGAAUAGUUAAAUUUUUAUCUUAGAGGCAUGUGUCUAGACUUGGUAUAGAGGAUAAAUUUAAGGUAGUCAAUACAGAGGGUAGGAAGCAUGGCUGGGAAGCUAUUGCAAUAGUCCUAACAGGGUGGUAAGGGCCUGAAAUAAGGCACUGUGGCAGGAAUGGACAGAUUGAGGAAGUAUUUGGAUUGGACCCAGGAGGAGGACAGAUGGUAAAAGGGAGGUAGAAAAUAAGGAUAAUUACCCCCUUUUUUUUUUUUCAACAUUUAUUUAUUUUUGGGACAGAGAGAG